CUGCGGGGAGGGGUUUGUCUUCAAGUCUCUCCUCCCCACCGUAGGGGCGGCAGGCGCGUCCCCGCGCGAGCAGAGAGGGUGCCCGAGACGGGGGCCGAGAAACAAAGUUCCCGGGCUGUCUGCGGGGCUACAGUCGGGGCUGCCCGUGGGGCCGCCGGAGCCAUGGCUUCCAAACUCCUGCGCGCGGUCAUCCUCGGGCCGCCCGGCUCGGGGAAAGGCACGGUGUGCCAGAGGAUCGCCCAGAACUUUGGCCUCCAGCAUCUGUCCAGCGGUCACUUCUUACGGGAGAACCUCAAGGCCAACACGGAAGUUGGUGACAUGGCAAAGCAGUACUUGGAGAAAGGUCUUUUGGUUCCAGAUCAUGUGAUCACACGCCUAAUGAUGUCAGAGCUGGAGAACAGGAGCGGCCAACACUGGCUGCUAGAUGGUUUUCCGAGGACAUUAGUACAGGCUGAAGCCCUGGACAGAAUCUGUGACCUGGAUUUAGUGAUCAGUUUGAACAUUCCAUUUGAAACACUUAAAGAUCGACUUAGCCGACGUUGGAUUCAUCCUCCUAGUGGACGAGUGUAUAACCUGGAUUUCAACCCACCUCAUGUACAUGGGAUUGAUGAUAUCACUGGGGAACCACUAGUCCAACAGGAGGAUGAUAAACCUGAAGCCGUUGCUGCUAGGCUAAGACGGUACAAAGAUGCAGCAAAACCAGUCAUCGAACUAUACAAGAGCAGAGGAGUUCUCCACCAGUUUUCCGGGACCGAGACUAACAAGAUCUGGCCUUACGUUUACUCACUUUUCUCCAACAAGAUCACACCUAUUCAGUCCAAACAAGCAUACUGAGCUUGCCCAGUGGAAGAAUCAGAAAGACGUGAUCAUUCAUACAAUCAUGUGUGUAGUAUCGGUGCUGUGUCCACAUUAGAAGCUAGCUGAGAGAGCUUGUAGCAUCUGUUCUAAUCCAAAUGGUGAGGUGAUAGGAAAACUAUCCAGUGUGAGGAGUUCAUGAAGAGGACCUUCCAAAAGAAAGUGACUUUGUACAUGUGUCAAGCCCUUCAUAAGAAAGCAAAUACAGGCUGGAUUUCAAAUGUCUACCCUGUUGAGACCAAGGCCUUUCUGCAUGUGAGGGUGGUUGCCUGCGGUUCUCCCCUUCCUCCAAAAGCUGCCGAACCAUAUCACCAGCAAACCUGAGGACACCCAGGGUUCCAGCCCCAGCUUGUCUCAGUUCUCUGCUGUGUAACCCUGCGGUAAUUAUUGAAUUGAAGCUAAUUAUACCCAGUGGCUGCUUCUGCCUUGACUGACUGUGCCCUCAUGUCCUUUUUCCCCCCUGCCUAGUAGAGUAACACCAUCUCUGCAUCCCUGCUUUAUGUCCCUGCUCUAUCUUUUGGCUUACUAGGCUACUAAAUAAUACAGAUGAUUAUUGCAUUACCUUCCCUCCUCCCUGCAAUUUCCUCGUUUUAUGUACUGAGAACAAGCGGAUUCUAUUGAAUUUCUUCAUACACCAGAAACUGAGCCACAUGGAAGGUCUUACUUUAAAUAGCUAGUCAUACUCAUGGGCUCACUGUUUAUUAUAUGAAAGAGUCCCAAAAGUCUUGGGGAAUCCUCAGGAAAUCCUCACUGAUGGAAAUGUUGAGUAAUAAUCAUAUAUACAAAAAGAGUAAUAAGACUCCAUGGAAUUACUGGACUUAUGGAAUCGUUAAGCUUUUCUUUUUUUUUUUUUUUUACUCAAGACAAAAUGAAUUUUGAACAUGCUGCUAGAUACAGAUGCCAAUGGUGUUUUUCUUCUGUGAGUGACUCAGAGAGAUGAUAGUGAGGAGGAUAGAGCCUGUGGGGUAGAGGAAAAUGUUGCACUAGGUAUAUGUAGGUUGAGUAGGAUUAAGGGAAUAUAAAAAUUCCCCUAUUCUUGCCCAAAGAUGUAGUCUAUAGGGUGACCAUAAAGUCUAGAAAUAAAGGUAUCGUUACUUUGUCUUUCAUUGCAUCGAUAAACCAUUUGUUGAAAGAUGUUCCCGGUUUCCAGACUUGGUGGCCUCCUUAAAUAAUUCUUGCUUUCCUCUGGGAAGAACAGUGAAGGUUUUUCUUGCUGCCUUACGAAUUUAUAUCCCUUUUUCAGACAUGAUUCUUGUUUCCAAGGGAGCAUCUUUGAAUGGUUGGUGUCUUCUGUCAAAAUGUUCAAAUGGGUAAAGGAAAAUGGAAACUAUUUCAGCACUUUAGUGGUAUUAAAACACAACACAACUUUUGGAAGAUGCCCCCAAGGGGCUUGAGUCUUUUCACUGCCAUGCAUAUUCUAUACAGUAAAGAAUCUUUCUAUAUUAUAAUAGUGCCCAAAUUUUUUCUGGUUCUGCUUUAUUUGUCUCUUUAUACAAGUGGUUCCUUAGCUUUCAUGGGGGAAAUGCAGACCAGUGUUCAUCCCAUCCCCUUAACCCCAGAGAAAUGCAGUUGUUUACUUUUUAGUGUUCUUGACUGCACACAUCCAGUUCAGGUCUAAAACACCAGUGCAUUAGUAUAUCAAACUCUGAGCACUUUAGAUGAAUUGCAUUUGGGUGCCAACUGACAGGGACUAGGUGAAAUCAAGUAGAUGAAGUUUGGGUUUCCUGGGUAACUAAGUAUAUUUCCUGCAUAUAAUUCUGACAGGGAAGGAGAAUUUGUACAAUUUAGAGUAAUAUUGUCAUAGACACAACUGCAAACUGGGAAAAGUAGACUUGAAGUUAUUACAGAUGACUCAAAAGAGGAGAAUAUGUGCUUUUUUUUUGAAUCUUCAGAUGACGUUCUUCACUUCCUCUGGGGGCAUUGCUUUUGGAAUUUCUGAGAGAAGAAUGGGAAAGGACCAGAUCCCUGAUUUCGUCCUCUACUCCUGCAUCCUUCUCUCUCUCUUCCCUUUGCCAAGCCAAGCAGAUGAUCAUCAACAUGGGGUUACUCAGUGAGUUUCAGCAGAAGUUGCUUUGCUGAGAUCUCCCAGUGGUUGAGAGUCUUCUGUUAGGCAAGACCAGGAAGAAACAAACAUCUUUCCCUUUGGCUUUGAAAGAUUAUGCUUGUUUUGUGUUCAAUGGUCUUAAAAAAAUCUGAUUUUCUUCAACAAACUUGUUAAUUUUUUCCUAAGUGAUUUUAUAAAAAUAAAAGUUAACUUGAUACUGUUUGGGCAGAAGUAAAAUUAAAGGAAUAUCUUUUCUUGCUUUU